UGAGCGUCUUUACACAACUUCAGUGAUAGUGGACUUUAAAGGGUGUUAUUUGAUCGGAUCUGGAGACUGUUAAAGUUGUUUUGUUGAGUUGAGAUGGCCUCACACACACCCAGGAAGAGGAAGACAAAUAUCCUAAGUGCAUAUUAAAGUGUGAAAAAAACUGCAGGCGUUUGGCUCUUUAAGCUGCUGAUGUUUUUGUCAUUCGGGCGUUGACACUGAGAGAUUACCACUGCAGAACGAACUCAUUAUGGUGACGUUCCUCAUCAUGUCUCUUCCUCUGAUCUCGGUGAUGAUGACUGCGGGGGGUGAAGGUCAGCAGCUUUGGACACUGAAUCGCGGCCCUUCAUAUGUUUGUGCAUUAAAGGGUUCAACAGUGAACUUAUCUUGUGUUUUAAACUCUCCACAUGAUCAUGAGCUCUCCACAGUCUUCUGGACCAAAACCGCUGUAGCUGAUGGAGAAACAUCAAACCUGUGUUUAGACCCAGAAAACAGAGGAAGAGUUCAGUGUUUCAGUGGAGAUAAAGACACUCACUUUCUCACUUUGAGUAGUGUUAGAGAAGCUGAUAAACACAUCUACUACUGUAGACUCACUACAAACAGAGGAACAUGGACGGGGUUUCCUGGAGCUCAGCUGGACGUCACAGAUCUGCAGGUGGAGACAGAGCAGACUGUGAAAGAGACAGAUCCAGUCACUCUGAGAUGUAAAAGCAGCUGCUCUCUGCCUCGAACAUCAUUCAUCUGGUUCAGAAACACAGAGAGAUUUACUACAGGAAUCAUCUCAGAGAAUCAGCUUCAUCUUCAGUCAGUCAGACGUGAUGAUUCAGGAAACUAUCAGUGUGCUGUUUCAGGAUAUGAACAUCUGAUCUCUCCACCUGUUUAUCUUAAAGUACAAUGGGAUGAUGGUCUGGAGGAUUGGGGAGUGAAUUACAGCCCUUCAUAUGUUUGUGCGUUAAAGGGAUCAACAGUGAAACUGUCCUGUACUGUAAAAUAUCCUCAAGAUCAUCAGCUCAAAACAGUCCUCUGGACCAAACCUGCUGUAGGUGUUGUAGAUCUCCCUGACCUGUGUUCAGACCCAAAAAAGAGAGGAAGAGUUGAGUGUGUCCGUGAAGAUAAAGACACUUCCAGUAUCACUUUGACGAGUUUAACAGAAGCUGAUAAACACAUCUACUACUGCAGAUUCACUACAAACACUGAGGGUGGAAGAUGGACAGGGGUUCCUGGAGCUCAGCUGGACGUCACAGAUCUGCAGGUGGAGACAGAGCAGACUGUGAAAGAGACAGAUCCAGUCACUCUGAGAUGUAAAAGCAGCUGCUCUCUGCCUCAAACAUCAUUCAUCUGGUUCAGAAACACAGAGAGAUUUACUACAGGAAUCAUCUCAGAGAAUCAGCUUCAGCUUCAGUCAGUCAGUCGUCUUCAUUCAGGAAGCUAUCAGUGUGCUGUUUCAGGAUAUGAACUUCUGAUCUCUCCACCUGUUUAUCUUAAUGUUGAAUAUCCUCCUCGGAGCGUCCGGGUGUCCGUCAGUCCUUCUGCUGAAGUAGUGGAGGGAGAUUCAGUGACUCUGAUCUGCAGCAGUGACUCAAACCCUCCUGCUCUGAACUUCAGCUGGUUUAAGGAGAAUCAAAGCUCAGCUGUUGGAUCUGAACAGAGUUUGAUCAUCUCCAGCUUUAACUCCAGACUCAGUGGACUCUACUAUUGUGAGGCUCAGAAUCAACAUGGCUUUCUGAGAUCAGCGUCUGUUUCUGUCUCUGUUAAAGGGGUUCAGAGAGUUGUGCACAUACUUACUGGGAUAGUGGUGGGAUGUGGAGCAUUGAUCUUCAUCAUCAUUGUGUUUAUCAUGAAAACGAGGAGAAAUGGUGGUUCUAGAGUUGGUACACAAAAUCAGGAGGACGGCGGUGUGGGCAGAUCAGCAAAAACGUCUCCGACCAACGAUGAUCAAGUGUGUUCUCUAGAAUCAGCCAAUCAGAGGGAUGAUCUUUAUGCCAACAUUAAAGCCAAGAAACCCAAACACCGUGGGAGAGAACAAACAGAAAAAGACUCAAGAGAUGCGGAAGAGAUUCAGUAUGCCAGUGUCCAUCAUUUCAAGAACAAAGACAUGAAGACCAAAGAAACCAUCGAGAUGCAACAUCUGCCUGACGCCAGCAGAUCUGAGGACGUGAUCUACAGCUCAGUCAAAUGAAGAGCAUGGGCUUGAUCUGGGAGAUCUGGAUUUGAGUCAAGUCCAGGUCAUGUUCCAGCUCCCUCUGCGCUUGACUUCACCCGUAUACACAUGUAUGGGACCGCUCUGCUGUUUGGACAGUAAUGGCUUUCAGAUUAAAAUCACCCACACUGCCUUCACUCUCACUCACGCCUGUAAUAGUCAAAGACCUUUUAGCGUUCAGUUUGUGCAGUCAAUGUAGAACAAAUGCUUUCUUCUGUGUGUUCAUACUGUGCGAUUUUUAUUGCUAAAUACAUACAUUUUUACAUUGUCAAAGUCUUCAUUACGACAUCGUUGUUUGGAAGAAAUACAGUUUUCCAUUUAGUGGGAUAAAUGCAAUGAGAAAACGUGUCAAUCCGAAUGAAUCUGAGCUUUAUUUUUACCUUUUUAGUCUGAAAAGUCUCUUCAGAGAGAAACAACUAUGUACAGCUGGCAAUGUGUGACAUGGGGAUGUGCCAUUUUUGAGGAGGUUGCAUACUGCGUUCGUCCAAUUAAUAACAUUACAAAUAUGCCAAUGAGAUUAUUAACCCAUAAAAAUUGUACAGAGUGAAACAGCAGCUUACGAAUACGCAUAAUUAAUCAUUGGCCCUGGGUGUAUUAUUGUCACCAAGCCAGCAGAGGGAGCUCUUACCUCCAGAUGAUCUGUGUUCACUCCCUCUGCUGCUACUUCCUGUUGUGGGACGAUAAAUACUGUAGCAGGCCCCUCACCUGCUGGUUGCAUUGUUCUAUUGUUUGUCAAUGAUUGUUGGUUGUUGUUUCUAGUUUUCCUUGUGUCUCCCGAGUCUUAGAUUCUUUAGUUUUGACCCUGCCUGUCUUUUGAUACUGUGAUUGUUUGCUGCCUGACCCGACCUCUGCCUGUUUUUUUGGGUUCU